UCGUUUUGUUUUUUGAAAGUUCUGUAUCAGACAAAAGCCAUUUUUGGUCUGACGGUAGCUGAGUUACUCAUGUCGGAUUUAUAGGGAAAAGUGCUUCAAAAUACAUAGUGCUAUCUAAACCAUUCUUCUUUGAGAAGUUGUAGUGUAUAGACGUAUUGGGUCAUGGAAGGAAACUAUUCACGAGAACUUUAUUCGAACACAUUUUCCGAGUAUAGUGAAAACUAUAGUCAUCUACAAGAUGGCGACACAGUAAACAUUCAAACAGAAAUGCAAGGAGGACAAAUGUAUAUUUUUCCCAAGAAUAUGAAGGAAGAAUUGCCUGAUAUCAAUGAGCCAGGGACGUCGCUAGAAGAAGACCUUGAGUGCAACAGUUCAGAGGGUAUGCAGUCUUCGGCGUUACAAGAACAGAACAUUGUCAGUGAUAACAGUAAAAAGUCUGGAUCUAGGAGAAGGAAACGCCCAAUUCCCAAAGGAAAACCCCCAUACAGUUAUAUUGCACUAAUCAGCAUGGCGAUAUGCAAUGCAGAGGAUAGAAAAAUGACUCUACACGACAUAUAUAAAUUCAUUAUGGACAAGUUUCCGUACUACAGGGACCAUCCCAACGCCAAAGGAUGGAAAGGGUCUAUUCGUCACAAUCUUGCUCUCAACGAGUGUUUCAUUAAACUGUCACGUCGCAGUGGAAUGAAGGGACAUGACUGGGCUAUCAAUCCGGACUACGAGGAUAUGUUUGACCACGGCAGUUUUCUCCGACGACGCUACAGAUUCAAAGAUGGGACUCGGAAGAAAUCUCGACUCGGCUCCACUCCCGGGACAUUGAAUACUUCUCUUCCUCACAUGGAUUACAUGAACAAUGAAAAUGUCCCUAACCGUUCAGGAAUUAUCAAACAGUUUCACCAAUCCAAACCAUUCCAUCAACUCAUGGAGGCGAAACAAAUGCCUCCAGUCACCCCGCUCUGGAACCCAUUUGUGGAGAGAUCGCCACCCCCACCUUAUCCGGACCUCAAAAGCCCACCUUCCUACGCUAACACAAGCAUGGAGUCCAACUCCCCGGUGUCAAAUGCGGACGGACACCUUAACUCUUCCGGAAACAGCGCCUCUCCAGAUACUCCGCGAUUCCCUCCUCCAGCCUACAACCAAAACAACGGAUUUUCCGGAUUAUGGACCCAUGGCCAGAACUUCUCUGCAGGGUGUGCGUUUCCUGCCUUUACAUUUCCACAAGCUUUAAAUGAAAAUACCCCUUAUCCAAUGAAUGUCAAUCCAGUCUGCCCCCCAACAAUGUAUCCCAAAUUCUUCAACUCAUGUCAAAAUGUACCAGACACUGCUCAGUGGUCUUCGAUAUGAACGUGAAUAAGUGGAAUUCCAGGCUGUCGAUUGGUUAAUUAAAACUUCUUUUUUUUCACAGAAAAAGGUGCUAUUCAUUUUAACCAAAUAUUUUAAACUUUGCAAAUGAGACACUUUUAUAUUGUAAAUAUGUUCUUUUAUUGACGAGAAAAAUAAAUUCUUAUAUUUC